AUGGCUCGCUCUCAGCGAUCUCGAACCCGUCCAGGGAAGAGACUAGGCCUUUCUGAUCUCUUACUAUCAGCUGUACUACUGCCUCGCGCCGUCUAUGGACACUACGACCUGCCCCCUCUCCAGGCACCGAUCCUCCCGCCACAGUUACCCUUCCAUGAGUCCGAGCCCUCGUCAGAAACACAUGAGUUUUCUCUUCGCCAUAUCUUCCACCGAGGAACCUACGAACACCCUGACCUUCAUGCCCGAUUAGAUGUCGGACCCGAUACUCGCCUCUUAACUCUUUCCGAAGAUGGAACAGAAACCGAACCUGUGGAGGUUCAUCCCUUCUUCGUCGCAUCCUCUAAUCCGAUCACGAUACAACGGCUGGCCGAUCGGCGCUUAUCGGUGAUUGAGGGGCACUUGGCAGCUGCAAAGCUGUCGGGUGCAGCGUCCGUCUUGUCGCCAACGGAAUGGGUCAUGGACACACUUCCAGGUCCAAACAUUUCAGACAAGAACACUGUGUUGAAUUUCGCCAAGAUGACCGCAGAUGACUAUAUUGAGGAACCUGGUACACAGGAUUGGCACACCAUUCACGGUCAGUUUAACUACUCGACGAGCUUUGGAUGGAAGGGGGAUGGACUCCGGGGGCAUAUCUUCUCCGACAAAUCGAACAGUACCAUUGUCAUAUCGCUGAAGGGCACUUCUCCGGCCCUAUUUGACGGGGCAGGAACUACAACAAACGAUAAGAUCAAUGACAACCUGUUCUUCAGUUGCUGUUGUGGUCAAGGAGGGUCAUACCUCUGGAGACAGACCUGCGACUGCCAGACCAACACCUACAAGGCGAACCUGACUUGUAUCACCGAGGCACUGUUUGAUGAUGAUAAAUAUUACAAAGCCGCCAUUGAUCUCUACUCCAACGUGACAGAGAUCUACCCCGACGCAAAUGUUUGGUUGACGGGGCAUUCUUUGGGAGGUGCAAUGACUAGCUUGCUUGGAUUAACUUUUGGUCUUCCAACUGUUACUUUUGAGGCGAUACCAGAAGCACUACCGGCAGCUCGUCUGGGCCUUCCUAGUCCUCCAGGUCAUGAUCCACGUUUGCCCCAACAGCGACGGAAUACAGGCGCCUAUCAUUUUGGUCAUACUGCCGAUCCGAUCUACAUGGGAACUUGCAAUGGAAUUAACUCAAUUUGCACAUGGGGUGGCUAUGCAAUGGAGUCUGCGUGUCACACCGGCCAGAUGUGCACCUACGAUACCGUGGCAGACAAAGGCUGGCGUGUGGGCAUUGGCACCCACAAGAUCCAGCAUGUCAUUUCUGAUGUAAUUAAAGUCUACAACGAAGUCCCACCGUGCACUCCCGAGGAGGAAUGUUAUGACUGUGUGCUAUGGAAGUUCUUCCGAAGCAAUGGUUCCGAAAUCACCACCACGACGACUUCGACCACUACAUCACCGACCUUCACCAGGACCUCAACUUGCAAGACACCCGGUUGGUGGGGCUGUCUCGACGAGACGACUACAACUACAACCACUACUGCCAUUUCUACCUCCACCACGGCAACAACUACGACUUGCGAGACACCGGGGUGGUUCGGCUGCAAAGAUCCAACGACCACAAAGACAAGCGCCACCUCGACUGCGACCUCGACCUCAACGUGCGAGACCCCGGGCUGGUUCGGCUGCAAUGAUCCAACGGCCACCGCGCCUCAAGUAACACCGGCGCCAACAAUGGUCACCACAACCCCAGCAGCAAUUUCGACAAGUACGUGCCACGAUGCUGGCUGGUUCGGAUGUCGCGACCCCUCGACCACUACCACGACCGCACUUCCCACCGGUCAUGGCUCGGAGGCCCGACCUACUUGCAAACACCCAGGAAUCUUCUGGGGGUGCUGGGAUUAG